AUGAAGGAAAGCAAGAAGAAGAAGAAUAAAAAUAAUAAAGCUGUUUAUGAAGAGGAAAAUAAAGAAGAAGAUCGAGAGAAAGCAGGAGAGAAAGAAGAAGAAUGGAAGAAAGCCUUAAGAGAAGAAGUAGAGAAAGAAGAAGAAGGAAAGAAGACACAUGCUGUAGAAGAAGUGAGAAAAGAAGAAGAAAAAAUCAAGGCAACAACAGAAAGAGAAGAAGAUAAAAAGAACAAAAAGAAGACAUCGAAAGAUGAAGAUGAGAAAGAAGAAGAAGAAAAGAACGCACCAGAAGAAGAAACAACUAUGAAAGAAUAA